CACGCAUGUUCAAAUCACAUUACCGCCCAUUUCGAUAUUCAUCAGCCGGUCUCUGUGCGCCCGCCUCGGGCAUUGUUCGCAUUGGUGUGCGCUGGAGCGCGGGCUGCGCCGAUUUGCGGUUACCGAGCGAGCUGGCGGCUUAAAACUGCCGGUUAUUAUACCCAAGUUUGGGCGGUGAGUCGGUGAUGAGAGAACGGUUUUGUCCCUCCGCCCUGUUACCUGCGGACGUGUCGUCAGACUGAAGUGUCAAUCAUUCUGCUUAGUGGUUACCGCUCCAGACAUCCAUCCGGUCUGAUCUAGCAGGAGUUUGUCACCUGGUAUUGGGGAGGCUUUGGUACGUCUGGUAAAAUUAGGACUGAGUUGGAAACUUUCUUAGCCUGUGUACUCUCAAGAAAGGGAAAUCUUAAGGAACAGAUUGUCUCAAGAACGUACAACGAGGACUAAGCAAGAGUUGACAACGUCGUUUUACAAGCGGGGGUCCCAAACGCGCCGACCGGUUGGCUUUCUUUAAGCGCAGGUAUUGACAGACGGUCCCGGAAGAUCCUGAGAACAAGAUGAGGAAUCGUGUUGCCCUUUCCGUGGCAGUUCUGCUGGCCUCUGUCGUCAUUACCGGCGCCAUCCGAGGUCUGCCAGCAUGCCGUUCGACCGAGGAAUGUGUCCCAGGAAUGAGGUGCAAAUACCACAGUACCUGCGGAUACUCCUUCUGUAUGGACACAGACUGGUGUGAGUAUGACUACCAGUGUAGCGGCUGCAUGCGGUGUAUGUGUAACCAGUGCGUACAGCCCACACCCUGCAGGUCAGACCGGGACUGUGACAAGCCGGACCAGUGUGUGUUCCACAUGGAGGGGGGAUACUACUGCGACAGACUGAAGGAUUUGAACACCAUCGGCAUAGAUCCGGCCAAGCCCCACGAGCAGCCCGUUGGGCCGGUGCCGGUGGUGCGCAGUGCCGUGAGCUGGCUGGAGCAGAUGUUCCGCCCGCCACCCUGCCUCAGUACGGACGACUGCGGGACUGGGCAGAAGUGUGUCUACCACAGCGACUACAAGUUCUCCUUCUGCAGGGGUCCGCUGUACUGCCAGCGUGACAGCGACUGCGGCAGAGGGAGGCUGUGCCUGUACCACGACUGCAGAAAACCGCCCCCUUGCUACGGCGACAAUUACUGCACCCCUCCACUCAGAUGCUUGUACCACCAGGACGCCGGGUACUAUUGUGACGUCAGCAUAUCCGGAAAUAGUUAACCAAGCAUCCGAGCACACGUUACAAGAAGACCUCCAGAAGACGCAUGCACACUUUCGAAGAUUACUUUGAAGACGUCUUCGAAGACUUCAUCCUUUGGGAGUCUUAUUUUCACAAAAUUCCACUUUCUUAUCAUCUUCACCUGAACUAUGACUCUUGUUCGCAAAGACCGACAGACUCCGAACGGGAUCUCUACUCGUGGAACGGCCGAUUCUACCAGAUCGGAGUCUCUACACUGAUAAGCAACAUUUUUGUAAGAUGCCCAGUUACUUGAAACAGGAACGGUGACUAAAAGGGAUUGUAUCAUUCAGAUAACAAGCAGCAUUGUACAACUACUGAUAAAUCGUAAAUUAGAUAUCUUAGUUCACUCUCCGUGUUGCAGUGUAGCAUCCCGGAUUCUACGUGUAAGCCAAUCUGCUGUACAUGAUGGUUUUUGCUUGUUUUGGGGUGGAACUUAUUUUGAAUAGCACAAUGCAUGAGUUGGGACAAAAUAUUAGGUCAAUGAAAGCAAAACAUCAAACAAAAAUAGAUAUAUAUUAGCCAGUCUGCGACCUUAAUGAAGACCUCAUUCAUAGUAUCACUGUACAAUCAUUUAAAAGAUCCAAACAACAAAAAAAGAUAUGUAUUUACUGGGUUGAUGUACAUUCGAUGUACAUGUAUGUUACUUUUACAAUUAAACAAAGGCAAAGAAAAUUAUUUGGGUGGUCUUUAUGACAUAACGUAAACGUGAACAGGUAACGUUAGCUAUUCUUGCACCAAUAGAUAAUAUAAUAUUAUAUGAAUAAGUUGAAAAUGGUGAUAACAUAGUAUUAACGAAAUAAGAGAUAUCAUAUGAAUAUUUAGAUAGUAUUACGUGGAUUGUAUACAUAAUGUUAGAUGUGUAUAGGAGGUCCAAGUUUCAUGUUUAAAUGGGUAUGUGUAUAUAAUAACUUUAUCUUCAUUGUGGGCCAGAAAAAUAUAACAUCAACUAUUGUGAGACGUAUGUGUUAUGUGACAAAUCUUGAAAGAGUACUUCCCAAUUUUACAACACUGUACAUUGUAGUAAGCUCUUUGUGUGAGCAUCGAUACUGUACAAAACAUACAUAUCAAUUAAUGUUACAUUUUACAACAAUCCAGUUAGUAAUAUAUUGUCGUCUUUGCUACUAGUAUAUUCCUGAAAAUCUGUAUGUCAAUUUAUUCUGUACUGUUCACUGCCCAACAUUAUAUUUCUGAAUUUGUUCGCGCCUCUAUAAAACAAAGUAUAACAAUAAUAUCACAAGUUACUGUCAUUGCAGUUUUCAAAGUAAUCGACAGGAGACGUUGUAGC